UCUCCCUCAUCAUCACCAACAUCCUUCCCCUCCCCACCUUCCUCCUCCUCAUCCACCACACAAAGUUGUGAAUCCAUCCAUAUCCCCUCUCUUACUAGCUCUUCCAUAGAUCCAUCCAGGUAGAACUGCAAAUUAAAGAUCUGGUACACUAACAAGCUCCAACUCCCUGUCAAAGCCCAUGGAGCUCCAACACCAAUACACCACUGCUACCAAACGGUAAGCUUCGUGAGUAUUUUGACUGUAUUAGUGUUGAAAUAGGGUCAUUUGAUAUGUUGUUAAUAUAAGACAAUGUUACUCCAAUUUGUUUUGAGAUUUUAUUUGCUCAAUAUGCUACUAUCAAGUCUGCAACAUCAGUCAGUAAAUGCAACAUUAUUGGGAAGUCUGCAACAUAUUAUUUUCAUUCUCAUGCCAAAAAUUUGUUUACUAUAUAUUUUGUCCAUCUUUUAUUAUGUUCUAUGGUUGUUAGCUGCUUAUGAAGUCUUAUUUUUUCCAAGGGAUAUAUUUUUUGUUAAUUAGUCAGAAAUUGUUCCAGUGAAAGGAUCUAUUUUUUUGUUUGCACCUUGAGGAUGGAUUUCUAAUUAAUACUGGAUUCUCUAUUUAAUAGUUUAAUUUGCUGCUAAAACUGAAGUAAUUAAUUACAUGUGGAUCAAGAGGGCAUCAGUUAGUUGGACGAGGCUAGGUCAUGUCAUUAUGACAUGACAAUUGCGGCAUCGGAGCUAGAGAUGCUCCACUUACAAAUGUGGAGCACCUUUUUUCUGAGGUAAGACUAUUGAUUUUAAUUUGAAGGACUAAAUAAAUACACUUCAAAUAAUCUAAGAUCGUAAUGCAUUAUUAAUGUGUGGUCCCCAAUCCAACAUAAUGAAUCUCUGGGCUAUUUCCGUGAUCAAUCAUAUCAGGAUGGAUCCAAUGGGUGUGAUUUUUGUCUGUAUUGAUCAAGGUUCAAGAACACAGCUGGUCCCGGCAAACAGCCACAAGCUAGCACAUGAGGCCACCACGUCAUAGUGACAGUGGAUUGAUCUGCAAAGCGCACUCUCCACCGCGCACUCUUGCUCGAAAUGCACGGCACGCUGCCCAAGUGCCCAUCAACAAGAUGAUAGACACCGCCCAUGCCAGCACUGCGUAUCGUAUCGAUCCUCCAAAAUUAAAAGCUAGCUCUCCUGUCGAGAAGCAAGAUCGUCUAUCAAAUGAUCAGCAUGCAGCUAGCACACUAACUACAAAGCACAAAGGUUGUUGCAAAAGGUUUGCACUGCACAUUGCUCGCACAGUGUGCUUGCAGAAGAAACUAAGUGCCUUCUUUAAUUUUGUCCUCUUCCUCCGAGCCGACCCUAUAAAUGCAGGGAGACCAUGCACACGGUGGCGCCACAUCACCGGCGGUGGACGGUGCUCUGCGUGUAGAGACGAGAGCUUGCGUGUCCCGCCGGCGGUGAGACAAGCAGGGCGGCGCUGAAUGGACGCCUGCCAGCAGAUGGCCGAAACAGAAAACCCUGGAGCUUUUCGGACCCAUUGCGUGCUGGGGAACACGGUUGUUGCUUGUUGCGUGCCGUGCAGCAGGCGCCACCAUCGCCUUUUGGGCUGUCUGUGUCUGCUCCGGCAGUGUCUGGCGUGUCACCUGUGGACGUUAGUGGCCGGUGUUACAGGUUAAAUAGGAGGUUAUUCUAAUCUGAGCAGAGAUCAUAGCCUCAACCAUCUAUCCAUCCAUCGAUUGUCCAAGCAUUGGACGCCACCAUUGCCAGCUCCUCCAGAGUCAGUCAGGGAGCAGCAGGUUGCCAGCAAGAUGGACUCUCCAGAGAUUCAGCACGUUGAUACCGCUUUGGCGCAUUUUAACAAGAUGGACAUUUUGGAUAUUGUGAUCGCCAUAACUCCCAUGCCUAUAAGAAAUGCCUCAAUUAUUUUUUUAGUUUCCUCCAAACCAUGAAUGCAAGUCCUAGCUGAUUCCAACUUUUUUAUCUAUGAUCAUCAACAUCUCAAUUUUUGUGUAGAUUGACAAUACAAGAUUUCCACUACCUGUUACAAAAGUUAUUUUCAUAAUAUAUUAUAGUAUAUAACUCUUUAUAUUUAAACAUAUUUUUUGUGGAGAUAGAUCGAUGUUUAUAUAUAGGAAUGGAGGGAGUAUACAACAUGUACACCAUCACAUUAUCUCUGCAGUUACAAUACUAAAGUGAGGGUCGUCAUUGGUGAAGUUUUCUCAUGUUCUCAUGCAAUUUCUUUUGUUGGCACAUUUUAACAAGAUGGACACUUUGGAGAUUGAGAUUGUCACAACUGCUAUGCCUUUAAGAACUAACUCUCAUAAUUUUUUGCUUCGUCCAACAACGAAUGUAAUCCCUAAUUCAAAUUUUUUUAUCUCUGAUCAUUGACAUCUAAAAUUUUGUGUAGAUUGAUAACACCAGAUUAAUUAGUUAUAAAAUUACUUUCAGAAUAUAAAGCUCUUUAUAUCUAAUAAAAUAUAUUUUUGUAGACAUUGUUACUGAAAGUUCAAUAAUGGAGGCCAUACCAAUGUCCUAACGUACAUAUAUUUGCAAUCAAAGGAAGUAUCAGACAAUUACUUAUUUUACGGAGAAGGAAAUCCUGUUUCCAGUCUCUUGUCAGAUAGUGUUUAAUUCCUAGGAUGUUGCUAACUCCUGACGGAUUAAUUUAAAUACUUUCAUUCAGUCACAAAUAUAAGGCACUAGGAUAUGGAUAAUAUGGCCUCUAAUAUAUAUAUGACAUUUUGACAAGCCAUAUCUAUAAGGAUUUGGUUAGCUUAAAUGCAAAGAAAUUAAUAUAUAUACUAUGAGACUUUUUCUCAGUGAAAGUAAUGUCAGUAAUCAUAUAUAAUACUCUAGAUAUUAAUGGUCAAAGUUAAAAAUGUUUGACUUAGACAAAUGUAGAUGGAAUAAUAUUUACCAGUGGAAGUAUCUUACUUUUUCGUCCUUAAUGUACUUAUGUCAACCUCCAUGCUACUGUUUCAUUACUUACUUAAAACUAAUAGGAUGAGAUCAUUCUCCUCAUCUGAGAUGAAAUUAAGUUGUAUGCUAGCAGCACACUGGAAACUUUUUACAUUGUUUUUUAAAUAAAAUUUUAAUAUGAUUCCGUGGUUCAUGGCCCAAUUUCAUGGAACCUACUACAUAUUUUCAUGGACAGGCAGGACUGUGGAGAGAGGAUACUAUAUAAUCAGUAAAUUUAGAAAUAUUUUUAAUUUUUUGGAACAAAAUGAUAUGGUAUUAUUGGAAAUAUUUAUGUAUUUAAAAGCAUCAAUAUAUGAAAUCAAUUUAUGAAAGUUUAAGACUAUCAGUAAGUUUAGUUGCUAACCUUUUUUCCUGCUAAUUCUGUCUUUUGUACUAAAGGUUCCCAACACGAUGGAGUCUCCAAACACAAGUAGCAUACCCAUGACUCCGCUGCAAAGUGAAUUCUCAAGAUCAAAUUCUUCGAACAAUGAGACUGAAAAUGCAACACCAUCUUUAUACACUGAAGAUGGCACAGUCGAUUUCAGGGGAAACCCUGCAGUUAGAGCCACCACAGGGGGAAAGAAAACCACUGCCAUACUGCUUGUGAACUAUGCUCUUAUGAACUUGGCAUUCGGUGGAGUUGCUGUUGACCUGGUCGUGUUCCUACGGAGGGUGCUUCGUCAGGAGAACGCCGAGGCCGCCAACAACAUCAGCAAGUGGACUGGCACUGUCUACAUCUUCUCGCUCUUCGGUGCCUUCCUCAGCGACUCCUACAUGGGGCGCUACAUCACCUGCAUCGUGUUCCAGGCCAUCUAUCUCGUGGGUCUGGUGAUGCUGUCCCUGUCAUCCUUGUUCUUCCUGGUGGUGCCCUCCCGGUGCGGCGACGGCGUAGGGCUGAGGCCAUGCCGGCCACCGUCGCAGCUCGGCAUUGCGAUGUUCUACGUGUCAACCUACACGGCUGCGUUCGGGAUCGGCGGGUACCAGCCGUCGGUGGCGACGUUCGGGGCGGACCAGUUCGACGAGUCGGACGCCACGGAGCGGCGCUCCAAGCUUGCCUUCUUCAGCUACUUCUACGUGGCGCUCAACGUCGGCUCCCUCUUCUCCAACUCCUUCCUGGCGUUCUACGAGGACAAGGGCAUGUGGAUCAGGGGCUUCUGGGCCUCCACAGUGGCUGUGGCGCUUGGGCUUCUCGUCUUCCUCCUCGGCACGCCGUACUACCGCCACUUCAAGCCCACUGGCAACCCGGUCACGCGCAUGGUGCAGGUGUUCACUGCUGCGUUCCACAAGAGGCACAUCCAGAUGCCCCCUGGUGAGGACCUUCACGAGGUUGAAGACGAGGAUUCAGGGAUCCGCAAACUCUUGCACAGGGAUCAACUCAGGUGUCUUGACAAGGCAGCCAUUGUGACUGAGGAGGACUACCACGCUGGGAACACCAAGAACCCAUGGAGGUUGUGCACGGUGACGCAGGUGGAGGAGGUGAAGAGCAUCCUGGGCAUGAUGCCCAUAUGGAUCUGCACCAUCGUCUACUCGGUCGAGUUCACCCAAAUGGCGUCCACGUUCGUGGAGCAAGGCACGGCCAUGGACACCAACCUCUUCGGCAGGUUCCGCGUGCCGGCCGCCAGCAUGUCGGUGUUCGACAUCACCAGCGUGCUCCUCUCCGUCCUCGCCUACCGCUUCGUCGUCGCGCCCGUGGCGUCGCGGUUCACCAGGAACCCCGACGGCAUCACCGGCCUCCAGCGCAUGGGCUCCGGGCUGGUCAUCGCGCUGCUCGGCAUGCUCGCCGCGGCGGUCGUGGAGAUCAACCGCCGGCGACGAGUCGUGGCCAUGGACCAGCCGAGCCCCAUGAGCGUCCUGUGGCAGGCGCCGCAGUACGCGCUGAUCGGAGCCUCGGAGGUCUUCAUGUACAUAGGCCAGCUAGAUUUCUUCAGCGCGCAGAUGCCGGAUGGCCUCAAGUGCUUCGGGAGCUCCUUGUGCAUGGCGUCCAUCUCGCUUGGAAACUUUGCGAGCAUGCUGGCGGUCAGUGCGGUCACCGGCGUCACCACUCGGCGGAACAGGAGAGGCUGGAUCACGAAGAACCUGAACUACGGCCACCUUGAGCUGUUCUUCCUGCUCCUGGUUGGUCUGUCGAUUUUGGACUUCAUUCUUUUUGUGGUAUUUGCCGUUCUAUACAAGGGCACCGAGUUUAAGGAGGGAGGGAAACAUAUCUCUAUAUAGAUAUAUAGCAGGCGAUUGUUAAAGGAGCUCGAAUGUAUAUGUACCAUAUGUAUGAUGCUUUUCUUAUAUUCUAGUAGUAUAUAUUACUGACUUGUAAUUAUUUGUUUUCACAAUGCAAUGCAAUAAAGUUCAGGCAA